AAAAUGACAGUUAAGUUUGGAUUUACCUUCAAAGAAAAAGACGAGUUACAAUUGCCUCAGUGUGUGAUAUGUAUGAAUGUUUUAAGUAAUGAUCGCAUGAGACCCAAUCACCUUGAAAGGCAUUUGAAGCAACAACAUCCUACCCUAGUUUUGAAGACGAAAGAGUUUUUUUCUUCUGAAGCAGAAUCACUCAAGCGGAUAAGACUGUAUAAAUCGGAAAGUUAUCACACAGCUCCAUUUGAAAUAGCUUUUGUGAUAGCAAAGCGAAAGAAACCUCAUCCUGUCGGUGAAGAAUUAAUAAAACCAUGUGUCCUAAAAGCCACGCAGAUAAUUUUAGGAGAAGAUGCAGAGCAAAACAUGAAGUCUAUUUCUCUUUCGAAUAGCACACUCAAGCGUAGAAUCCAUGACAUUGCAGCAGACAUAAAGUCACAAAUAAUUAACAAAGUAAAAUUAUCGCCAUUUUUUGCCAUUAGUUACCAUGAAUCUACCGACACCGUUAAUUGUGGACAGUUAAUAGUUUAUGUUCGUUACAUCGGCGGAGAUAUCAUUUAAGCAGACAUUUUGUACUCCCAAUCUUUGACAGCAGGUACUAGAUCUGACGAUAUAUUUAAUUCAAUAUCAAAUUUUGUUGAAAAAAGUGAUUUGAAUUGGAAAAAGC